CAGGCGACGCGGGGUUAAUGCUCUGCAAUUUGCAGCCAGUCAGGGCGGAAGCUGGGUUCUCUCUCUCUCUCGCUCUCUCUCUCUCUCUGUUGCUUUAAGGACAGUUUCAUUCGGCCUUGGAGGAUGGGGGAAUAAAAGGAUGGCUCCUGCCUGCAAGAGCUGUACAAAGAUAAUCACUCAGGAAGUGGCUCAGCCAAUGGCCUGAAGCAUUACAUGUGGAUUCCCGAAAGCCUCCAAUCCUGCCCCAGCUUGCAACAGGGGAGUCUGAUCAUCAGGCUGAAGUGCCAAGCCCUUUCUGUCUGAGAACUGAGAGUCUGUCCUCCAUGUUUUAUAAGUAUUGACAUAUAACACUGUAACAAUGCAUCCACACAGGUAAGCCAGAGCUUGUCUUUUUUUGUAGUUUAUUCCCAUCUCUUGGACACUGUGCUUUUGCAGGUUGCAUUUCCGCGACUUCUCGGGCCAAAUUCGCUAAACCAGCAAGUGUUUUGAAUUUUGACUUUCUGGAGAGAUCACAUGGUUGGGUGCCAUUAGCCAGUGACUGCUGCUGGGGGUUCCAGGGGUACACUGCACAAUUAACUUUUUUGUUUUGUAAAGAGUGGUGGGUUUCUGCACAGCCCCCUUCACUCCCCUGUUCACCAAGGAAGAUCUCUGCAUUAUUGUGUAUUCCUGUGUCACAUGCUGCUCAGAGGAACAUGGAGGCUGCCUCAGCACAAGGCUUCAGCUGACGUACAGGCCACCAAGCAAAGCACACUUUAUUCACCCUCUAUCUAAAGGACAAGAGCCAGACUAACCCAGGACUGUUACUUUUGAUACCGACCACAGAGACUCUCAGCAUUUAUGCCUGACAUACGUCUGGGGCCUAGCUUUGGAUUUUUCAAAUACCACCAUAUCUGAAGCCUUUCUCCGGUUUACUUGGUGCCCUGUGGACCCGGCACAGUGUGCGUGUACAUGAUUUUUCUUGCUUUUUACCCAUAUAUUGUUUUUUGAGAUUUUUUUAUUUUUUAUGUUCUGGAUAUAUGAUUUCCUGAGGCUGGGAGCUAACCAAUAUGGAUGUCAAACAUUUGGCAGAGGAGGAAGUGAAGAUUGAGCCGGAGCUGGUGGAGGGGAUGGAUGUCACCACUCGAUCCAAAGGUCCUGCUGUUGCAUAUCCAGAGGGAUUAUCGCAAGAACAUGGAGACAGUCAGCAGUCCAACCCAGGCUCAGGGCAGAAAAGGAAGAUUUCCAGCCCUCAGCACUCAUCCAAUGGGCACUCUCCUCAAGAUGUAUCCGGCAGCCCAAGUAAAAAGAAGAAGAAACCAGGAAUGUUGAACAGUCACAACAAAGACCAGUCAGAGCUAAGACAUGGUCCGUUUUACUAUAUGAAGCAGCCACUCACCACAGACCCUGUUGAUGUUGUACCGCAGGACGGCCGCAAUGACUUCUACUGCUGGGUUUGUCACCGGGAAGGUCAAGUCCUAUGCUGUGAGCUCUGCCCCAGAGUUUAUCAUGCUAAGUGUCUGAAACUGACUGCUGAGCCUGAGGGUGACUGGUUUUGUCCUGAGUGUGAGAAAAUCACAGUUGCAGAAUGCAUAGAGACACAGAGUAAAGCAAUGACUAUGUUGACCAUAGAGCAGCUUUCGUACCUGCUGAAAUUUGCUCUCCAGAAGAUGAAACAGCCGGGGACAGAACCCUUCCAGAAGCCGGUGUCAUUGGAGCAGCAUCCUGAUUAUGCAGAAUAUAUAUUUAAUCCUAUGGAUCUCAGUACGCUAGAAAAGAAUGUUAAAAAGAAAAUGUAUGGUUGCACAGAAGCCUUCUUGGCAGAUGCCAAAUGGAUAUUGCAUAACUGCAUUAUAUACAAUGGGGGAAAUCACAAAUUAACACAAACUGCAAAAGUAAUAAUCAAGAUAUGUGAACAUGAGAUGAAUGAAAUUGAAGUCUGCCCUGAAUGUUAUUUAGCUGCUUGCCAAAAAAGAGAUAAUUGGUUUUGUGAACCGUGUAGCAAUCCGCACCCUCUGGUCUGGGCUAAAUUAAAAGGAUUUCCCUUCUGGCCUGCUAAAGCUCUGAGAGAUAAAGAUGGACAGGUGGACGCCCGCUUCUUUGGACAGCAUGACAGGGCAUGGGUUCCAAUGAACAAUUGCUACCUCAUGUCAAAAGAAAUCCCUUUUUCUGUAAAGAAGACGAAGAGCAUCUUCAACAGUGCCAUGCAGGAGAUGGAGGUGUAUGUGGAAAACAUUCGCAAAAGGUUUGGUGUAUUUAAUUACGCUCCCUUUCGGACACCUUACACACCCAACAACCAGUACCAAAUGCUGCUUGACACUACCAAUCCAAGUGCUGGUACUGCCAAGACAGACAAACAGGAAAAGAUCAAGCUGAACUUUGACAUGACUGCAUCUCCGAAGAUCCUGAUGAGCAAACCCAUAUUAAGCAGCAGUGGAGGCCGACGGAUUUCAUUAACAGACAUGCCACGGUCCCCAAUGAGCACAAACUCCUCUGUGCACACAGGCUCAGAUGUAGAACCAGACGCUGAGAAGAAAGCAGUGUCCAGCCACUACAGUGCAAGUGAAGAGUCCAUGGACUUUAUAGAUAAGAGUACAGCUUCUCCUGUAUCCAUAAAGACCGGACAUGGUGGCAGUAUAUCAGGCAGCCCCAAACCUUUCUCACCACAAUCCUCUACACCAGUAAAAUGUAAGACGGAGAGGAACACAAGCACAGGCAGCAUCCUCAACCUCAAUCUUGACCGCAGUAAAGCGGAAAUGGACUUGAAGGAGCUGAGUGAGUCUGUGCUUCAGCAGUCCACGGCAACCCCACUCAUCUCUCCCAAAAGGCAGAUCCGCAGCCGAUUCCAGCUCAAUCUGGACAAAACCAUUGAGAGCUGCAAAGCCCAAUUAGGAAUUAACGAGAUUCCGGAUGAUCCUGAUGCCACAGUGGAACACAGUGAUUCUGAGGAGUCAGAGAAGACAGAUUCUAGUGACAGUGAGUAUGGGAGCGACGAUGAGCCGAAGUCAAAAAAUGAUGAGGAAGAAAAGGAAAGUGUGAAGGAAAAGGAACUCCCUCCAUCUUCAGUAAAGAAAAAAUCCAAGCCCUCAAUCCAAAUAGAGGCAAAGGAUGAAUCCAAGAGUGCAACAGCGACAACAGAUAAAGCGGAUGCAGGGGGUAAGGAUAAGCUGGCAUCCACUGUAGAGAAGGAUGUUCCUGACAAAGGUAAACCCCUGACGCACUCUGCAAAGGAAAAAGUGAAGGGAAAGGAUGAUACAGACUCUCCUACUGUACACCUUGGACUGGACUCUGACUCUGAGAGCGAACUGGUCAUUGACUUGGGUGAAGAUCAUUCGGGGCGAGAAGGACGUAAAGCCAAAAAGGAUGCUAAAAUAACAGCAACAAAACACCCAGAAAUAAAAUCCCCAACCACAGCCAGUGUCAGCAGUCUGCCAGCAGUUGACACCCCUAUCAUGACCCGCUCUGCAUCCCAGGCUGCCCCUGCUGUAGGGGUAACAGUGACUACAAGUUCAGCAUCAGCUGCAAGCACUCCGACGGCAGCUACUGGCAGCCCAGUGAAGAAGCAGAGACCUCUGCUCCCCAAGGAGACAGUUCCCACCGUGCAGAGAGUGGUGUGGAAUUCUUCCAGUAAGUUUCAGACCUCAUCCCAGAAAUGGCACAUGCAGAAAGUUCAAAGGCAACAGCAGCAGCAACAACAGCAGCAGCAACAGCCGAGCACGCCUGCGCCGUCACAGUCUCCACAAGGGACGAGAUACCAGACACGGCAGGCUGUGAAAGCGGUGCAGCAAAAAGAAGUCACACAAGCCACAUCCACCUCCACCAUAACCCUUGUGACCACCGCCCCACCACUAGCCAUGGUGACCAGCCCAGGACAGCCACUGACCACAUCAAUCACCAGUGACCUGCCCAUCGCUACCGCCUCAGCUGAUGUUGCUGCUGACAUUGCCAAAUACACCAGCAAGAUGAUGGAGGCAAUUAAAGGCACAAUGACUGAGAUAUACAACGACUUGUCUAAGAAUACCACGGGGAAUACCAUAGCGGAGAUUCGACGCUUACGAAUAGAGAUUGAAAAACUGCAGUGGCUUCAUCAGCAGGAGCUGUCUGAAAUGAAGCAUAAUUUAGAACUAACCAUGGCAGAGAUGAGGCAGAGUCUGGAGCAGGAGAGGGACCGGCUGAUUGCAGAGGUGAAGAAACAAACUGAGCUGGAAAAGCAGCAAGCAGUGGAUGAGACCAAGAAGAAGCAGUGGUGUGCCAAUUGCAAGAAGGAGGCCAUUUUCUACUGUUGCUGGAACACCAGCUACUGUGAUUACCCGUGCCAGCAGGCGCACUGGCCCGAGCACAUGAAGUCCUGCACGCAGUCAGCCUCUGCUACACAGCAGGAAGCUGACCCUGACCUCAGCACGGAUAAAACGGCACAAGCAACAACAGGUACCCAGCCACAGCCUGCUGAAACCACCACAACGCCGAAAGAGAAGGAUGGCACAGCUGAUAAGAGCAAAGAGAGUGUCACUAUAGCAACAGGUGUGGCAAGCAGCCAGCCCAUAAAACUGGUCCACGUGCCGCAGAACGCUGCCUUUAUCCCAACUACUCAGUCCACAAUUACCAUCCCUGUGGUUGUAAGCCCCAGUGCCGGAGCGGUGGCGAUGAGAGCCGGUGUUCAGUAUGUGCAGACCACCAUGCCGGUCCAGGUGAGAAGAGUGUGACCUGUAAGCAUUAAAAACAGCAAGACAAUACAGAAACACUACAUUGUGCGUGUCCGGAGCCAGCGCCUCGUCCUGUAUGUAAAUAAUGUACAAUCUGUGGAUGUGAUUAAGAGUAGAACCAUCUUUUUAUAUUUGUAUUCACUUUAACUUAUGAACGUUUAUCCGGAGCCACGACAUUAAAACACCGAUUAUGACAGAUACUGCUGAAAUCCUGCUAUCUCGCAGAACGGAUGGAUGCCAAGGUGUAGAUAAAGCAGAUUACUCUUGUAUCAGUAUAAUCAGUGUACAAAGGAGCAGUGAAUGAUACAAGCGUCUAUGUGAAUAAUCACAGCUAAUGCCGCAUUCAUGGCAAGAGGCAGCGGCAUUCAAUCAAACAUUAACCCUAGUGUGGGAUCGUCCCGCAGGAACAACCCUAAUAACCGGAGAGGAAAACGAAGCACCAUAUUUAUCUGUGGACAACGUUGCAAAAAAUAUAUGGUGGCGCCUUCAGUCUGUUACAUUGCCACCACAGAUUCACUUUGUAUCUUAUGUAAAAUCACUGCUGAUGUCUGUAUAUGAGGACCCUCUGUAUAAAAUCAUUCCAGUGCCACGCGUUGUACAUUUAUCACACUGUUGAUUUUUCACCAUUGUUAAUAACGGAGAUAGUGUGUACAGUAACCAAUGGCGAAUACAAGAUGGAAGCAAGGCGCCAUCAACCCUGAGCGAGAGGCAAUAUCAGUGGCAAGCGGUUUGAAAUGCGGGACUGGCCAGCUUUCCCUUGUGAAACAUAAUUGCUUUUAGCAUAUGGAAGUAUUUUUUCACAUUUUCUUUGUAUAAAAUUUGUAUUAAAUUCAAACAUUUCUUUUU